AGUGGGGGUCAUGAGGUUAUGAAUCCUGAAAACUUUUUAUUGCAAAAUGUGAAUUAAUUCGUAUAUAUCCUGCUCUUAAAUUGUGCACAUAUUUGUGAAGUUGAGUUUAAAUAUUUUUUUAAUCAUCAUCAUCUGUUGCGUGGAACAAUGCGUGAAUUUUCGGUGAACAAAAUUCUCUCUCAUUAUCAGUGAUAACAUUUGUAAACAAUGACACCAAACGAGCGAACUUAUCGCACAAACCUCGUAUUUUUUCUCAAAUUGAUUUGAAAUUCAAAGCUGGAAAUUCUUCAGAAAGUAGAACAGCACCAUGCCUUGCUCAAUAAAUUCCAGAGGCACAGCUCUCUGUAAGCUGAACGGCCUGCUCCAAUGUCAUAAUAUUUAUCAUUCGGUUUCACCUUCGAUCAAAAUACCUAAAGAGAUUGCAGGCAUAAAAUUAUGUUGCCGCGGAUUGAGCUCAAGUCAAAAAUUGUCCUACAAAAGCUCUAAGAAAGAUACGAGCGAAUGUUUGCCGAAACAAGCGAAAGUAACAAUUUGUGGCGGAGGUAUCAUGGGCGCAGCAGUGGCGUAUCAUUUAGCGAAACUAGGAUGGGGACCCCAUACUCUGGUGCUGGAACAAGGGAGCGUUGGAGGUGGUACGACAUGGCAUGCUGCAGGCCUUCUUGGUAUUUUUAAGCCCACCCUUGCACAAGUAAAAUUAUGCCAGUCCAGUGUCGCACUCUACAAAGAGUUAGAAGAGCAAGGGUACCCAACUGGCUGGAAAGAAUGUGGAAGUCUCUGUGUUGCAAGGACCUCAGACCGAAUGACUGUUUACCGGAGGAUGAAAGCUCAAUCUGUAUCAUGGAACAUUCCUUGUGAAUUAAUAACUCCAGAGCGGGCCAAAGAAAUAUGUCCUCUCAUUAAUGUUGAUGAUUUAAAAGGUGCCCUUUGGAUCCCAGGCGAUGGAGUGGGUGACCCAUACAAAAUUUGCACUUCACUCCUUCAGAUUGCUCAAGAAAAAGGUGUUCAAGUUAUUGAAAAUUGCUCAGUGACAGGAAUUCGAAGUGAGCAUAGAAAAGUGAAAGUUAUCGAAACAAACUUAGGUGCUGUCGAGAGCGAAUUUUUUGUCAAUUGCGGAGGUUUCUGGGCACGACACAUCGGCCAAUUGAGUAAACCCUCUGUCAAAGUGCCUGUUCACCCUGUUGAACAUUAUUAUUUACAAACCAAACCUGUGCCAAAUCUAGACUCUAUGACUCCAGUUGUUCGUGAUCAAGAUGGUUAUAUAUAUUUUCGAGAGUUGAACGGUUGUUUUCUAGCAGGUGGCUUUGAGCCAGUUGCAAAGCCAGCUUUUGAAGAUGGAUAUAUUCCAACUACUCCCGGAGAAAGAAGACUUAGCGAAGAUUGGGAUCAUUUUUUCAUUCUUCUCCAAGAAAUGCUGCAUCGAGUUCCGAGCUUAGGAGAUGCCGUUUUAGAUAGCUUAACAAAUGGUCCUGAGGCAUUCUCUCCAGACUGCAAGUGGAUUGUCGGUCAAGCACCGGAGAUUAGGAAUUAUUUUGUUGCAGCUGGCAUGAAAACUGUCGGCAUCUCUGCAGCAGGAGGUGUAGGUGAAGCAACUGCUGAGUGGAUUGUAAACAAGAGAACCAAGUAUGAUAUGUACGAAUUAGAAGUCUCUCGUUUCCUAGGGCUGCACAAUAAUAUUAAGUUUUUACGAGAUAGAAUGAGAGAAGUUCCUGGACUACAUUAUAAACUUCAGUAUCCGUUCAACGAAUUUAAAACCGGUCGGAAUCUCCGAAUGUCACCAAUAUACCCCAAACUCAGGGAAGCUGGCGCAGUUUUUGGUCAGGUUAUGGGAUAUGAAAGACCUACCUGGUUCAAACCACCGUCUGCACUUGAGUUCAUGCCAAAUGGUGUGCAGCCAUUUGAAGUAGCGGAAACUAACACAUUUGCUAAGCCUCCUUGGUUUAAUGAGGUGGCAGAGGAGUACGCUGCUUGUCGAGAAACGGUUGGAUUAAGUGAUUAUUCUUCUUUCACAAAACUGGAUCUGUGGUCGAAAGGCCGGGAAGUUGUUGAUGUUCUGCAAUACCUUUGCUCGAAUGAUGUUGAUGUGGCUGUUGGAAGCAUUAUUCACACCGGAAUGCAAAACGAUCAAGGAGGCUACGAAAAUGAUUGUAGUUUGGCUAGGAUAUCAGAAAAUCAUUAUAUGAUGAUAGCUCCAACAAUUCAGCAAACCAGGUGCAAAGCUUGGAUUCAACACCAUUUGCCAGCUGAUGGAUCUGUUUCCUUAUCUGACGUUACAUCUAUGUUCACUGCCAUUUGUAUCAUGGGUCCGUUUACCAGGGUCCUACUUCAGGAACUCACCGAUACAGAUCUCAGCCCUAAAUCCUUCCCAUUCUUCACGUAUAAAGAAAUGGAUAUUGGGCUAGCCAAUGGUAUCCGCGUGAUGAAUCUUACGCACACCGGAGAAUUAGGUUACGUUUUGUAUAUUCCCAAUGAGUUUGCGCUUCAUGUAUACAACUGUUUAAUUCAUGCUGGAAAGAAGUAUGAAAUUCGCCGUGCAGGUUAUUACGCUACCAGAGCACUUCGUGUUGAAAAAUUUUACGCUUUUUGGGGUCAAGAUUUAGAUACCAGCACAACUCCGCUAGAAUGUGGUCGAACUUGGCGUGUCAAAUUUGAAAAAAAAUUCAUUGGUCGUGAUGCACUGCUGAAACAAAGAGACGAAGGAGUGAAGAGAAUGUAUAUUCAGCUUCUCCUUCAAGAUCAUGACCCAGAAACAGACUACUGGUCGUGGGGUGGAGAACCAAUUUACCGAAACGGCAGAUAUGUUGGCGCAACAACUACUACCGGCUAUGGCUACACCUUCAAACAACUUGUUUGUUUGGGCUUCGUUCGAAACUUCGAUGACCAAGGUGUGAGACAGAGAGUAACCAAUGACUACAUUCUCUCUGGCAGCUAUGAAGUAGACAUUGGUGGUAUUCGCUACCCGGCCAAAGUCAACCUUCACUCUCCGAUUUUGCCGACGAAAUAUCCUGACCAAGAGCGGGAGUCUUACUUCGCAACUCGUGAUAAAAUGGUUACCGAACCUAUCCUUCGCCAACAGCAAUAAUCUUCCUUUUGUAUUUUUUUAUUCUAAAAUAAAUUUGUUGAUUUAUAA